CAGUAAAUCAAGGCAGUCGAGCAUAAUCUCAAUUUAACUAGCGGAGCGAUUUCUUCCCCCCCCCCGGCCCCCAGCAUCCAUCCGUCAUAGAAAACGAAAUACCGUAACAUUUAACGCAACCGGAGCGGAGGAAGAGGCACUGCGACAAUGGCUGUGUAUAGAGUUAUGAAGUGUUUAUUUGUCGGCGUACUCUGAUCAUCGCUGCCUGGACGUUGGUAGACGUCAAUAUUAGUGUUCGCAUCUGCCUUGUUUUUCUGGAGUGAUUUUUUAAUAUUUGGAAAGGAUCAUCAAGGACUCAAUUCAGCAUUGCAUUGUGACACCACACAGGGUUGAAGUCCAACCAUGUCUGGGGCCUCAGUGAAAGUGGCGGUCAGGGUGCGUCCCUUUAACUCAAGGGAGACCAGCAAAGAAUCCAAAUGCAUUAUUCAGAUGCAAGGCAACUCUACCACUAUAUUGAAUCCCAAAAACCCAAAAGAAGCACCAAAGUCCUUCAGCUUUGACUACUCAUACUGGUCUCACACCACGCCGGAUGACCCCUGCUUCGCAUCCCAGAGCCAGGUGUACAAUGACAUCGGGGAGGAGAUGCUGCAACACGCCUUCGAAGGCUACAACGUCUGCAUCUUUGCUUACGGCCAGACCGGUGCUGGCAAAUCCUACACGAUGAUGGGAAAGCAAGAGGACGGACAGGAAGGCAUCAUCCCUCAGCUCUGCAAAGAACUCUUUGAAAAAAUCAAAUACAACAACAACGAAGAUAUGUCAUAUUCGGUGGAGGUGGCAUACAUGGAAAUUUACUGUGAGCGAGUGAGGGACCUGCUGAACCCCAAGAACAAAGGGAACCUACGUGUUAGGGAGCAUCCUUUGCUCGGGCCGUACGUCGAAGACCUGUCCAAAUUGGCUGUGACCUCUUAUACGGACAUCGCCGACCUCAUGGAUGCUGGUAACAAGGCCAGGACUGUGGCUGCCACCAACAUGAACGAGACCAGCAGCCGCUCGCAUGCCGUCUUUACCAUCGUCUUCACGCAAAGGAAGCAUGACAGCGAGACGGACCUGUCCACAGAAAAGGUCAGCAAGGUCAGCCUGGUGGACCUGGCAGGCAGCGAGCGUGCUGACUCAACUGGGGCCAAAGGCACGCGUCUGAAGGAAGGUGCAAACAUCAACAAAUCUCUGACUACCCUUGGAAAGGUCAUCUCUGCCCUCGCUGAGGUGAGCAAGAAGAAAAAGAAGACAGACUUCAUUCCUUACCGAGACUCUGUUCUCACAUGGCUCCUGAGAGAGAAUUUGGGUGGGAACUCGAGGACGGCUAUGGUGGCAGCUCUGAGCCCUGCUGACAUUAACUAUGAUGAAACCCUGAGCACCUUGAGAUACGCCGACCGAGCCAAGCAGAUCAAGUGCAAUGCCGUGAUCAACGAAGACCCCAACGCCAAGCUGGUGCGUGAGCUGAAGGAUGAAGUCACUCGUCUGAAGGAUCUGCUCAGGGCCCAGGGGCUCGGGGACAUCCUGGACACACCUAUGGGUUCCCUCACAGCCUCGCCAUCGUCCGGUUCUCUGUGCAGCCCCACAGGCCUGCAGUCCGUCUGCAGCAUCCAGGAGCGCAUCAUGUCCACCCCUGGCGGAGAGGAGGCCAUCGAAAGGCUUAAGGAGUCUGAGAAGAUCAUAGCAGAGCUGAAUGAGACAUGGGAGGAGAAGCUGAGGAAGACCGAGGCUAUCCGGAUGGAGAGAGAGGCUCUGUUGGCAGAGAUGGGUGUUGCAAUCCGGGAGGACGGGGGAACCCUGGGUGUCUUCUCUCCUAAAAAGACCCCUCACCUGGUUAACCUGAACGAAGAUCCUCUCAUGUCAGAAUGCCUGCUGUACUACAUCAAAGACGGAGUUACGAGGGUGGGCCAGGCCGAUGCAGAGCGAAGGCAAGAUAUCGUUCUGAGUGGAGCACACAUCAGAGAGGAGCACUGUAUCUUCCGCAGCGAGCGGAACGCCAACGGAGAUGUGAUUGUGUUGCUGGUGCCGUGUGAAGGCUCUGAAACGUAUGUGAAUGGCAAGCGUGUGAGUGAUGCUGUGCAACUGCGCUCAGGUAACCGUAUCAUCAUGGGCAAGAACCACGUGUUCCGUUUUAACCACCCUGAGCAGGCGCGAGCUGAGAGGGAGAAGACACCAUCAGCUGAGACGCCCGUGGAGCCUGUGGACUGGACUUUUGCCCAGAGAGAACUUCUGGAGAAGCAGGGCAUCGACAUGAAGCAGGAGAUGGAGAAGAGGCUGACCGAGAUGGAGAUCCUUUAUAAAAAAGAGAAGGAGGAGGCUGAUCAGCUGCUUGAGCAACAGAGACUGGACGGAGACUCUGAUAGUGGCGAUGACUCUGAUAAAAGGUCAUGUGAGGAGAGCUGGAGACUCAUCACCUCUCUGCGGGAGAAGCUGCCUCCCAGCAAACUCCAAACCAUAGUCAAAAAGUGUGGUUUACCCAGCAGUGGCAAAAGAAGGGAGCCUAUCAAAAUGUAUCAGAUCCCCCAGCGCCGGCGUCUCAGCAAGGAUUCCAAGUGGGUGACCAUCUCUGAUUUGAAAAUCCAAGCAGUCAAGGAAAUCUGCUAUGAGGUAGCUCUGAACGAUUUCCGCCACAGCCGUCAGGAGAUCGAGGCAUUGGCCAUUGUGAAGAUGAAAGAGCUGUGUGCAACGUACAACAAGAAAGACCCCAACGAGCGAGACUCCUGGCGAGCCGUCGCUCGGGAUGUCUGGGACACGGUGGGAGUCGGGGAUGAGCGAAUCGAAGACGUCAUCACAAACGGGCGGGGUGUAAACGAUAUGGAUGAACUGAAGGUUCACAUAGAUAAACUGGAAGAUAUCUUGCAAGAGGUGAAGCAGCAGAACAACAUGAAAGAUGAAGAGAUCCGGACCCUCAGGAACAAGAUGCUGAAAAUGGAGAAGGUUCUGCCCUUGAUCUCUGCUGAGGGCCAACAAACCACUGAACCCAAUGGAGCCAUGAGGCCCCGCAGUUCCAGUGAAAGCAAGCCUCCGCCCGAAGACAAAGGUGAAAACGAGCAAGGCGACGAUCAAAUAGACAAGCUAGCGGGUGAUGAUUCCUCGUUCCGGCGUGGACGCAUGCGGUGGAUGCGACAGGAUCAGACACGGUUGAAGAACCUCCAGCAGCAAGAGAUCUCCAAGCAGCUUCGCAGGCAGAGUGGCCCACAUCGCUUCAUCCCACCUGAAGACCGCAAGCUGCGUUUUCCUUUCAAAAGCAACCCCAAACAUCGCAACUCCUGGAGUCCUGGCACACACAUUAUCAUCACAGACGAGCAGGUGAUUGAGCUAAAGGUUCCCAAAGAGGCAGUGCAGGAAGAAGAAGUAACCGAAGAGGUGGAAAAACCCAGGAGGCCGGCUCCUUCUACCCAUGCAUACCCACCUCUUCCUAGCCCAUUAGUGCAGCGCAGAAGUAAAGACCUGGAGCAAGGCCUAAGCCAAAGACAUAACCAAGGCCACAGAAACCAGCAGCCCCUUGAAAGAGGACGCAGCAACUCCUUUAACAGUAGCCAGCGUGCCUCUGGCUCAAUGGAAUCCCUGCAUUCCGGGGACAGAAAGCAGAUGGCACCACAGCAGGCAUUUUACCAGCAGCGCUACAACCAAAGCCAGCCUCAUGCCUACCUUUAUCCACAUCAUCAUCAUCAGCAGCAGCAGCAGUUUCAUCAGCCCUGGCACUACAACAUGGAUGGCAGCUACAACUACCACCAGCAAUACACUCAAAACCACCAGCAGCACCACAACAGCUUUCAGACACCACCUCGCAUGCGCCGACAAUUGUCGGCCCCUAAUUUGAAGGCGGGCCGGGAAACCACAGUGUGAAUUGGAGCAAGGAUUCUUUUUAUGUACUGAAACAAAAAGCACUAUCUUUCACACCACAGACUUACAGAGACAACACACAGCAUUGGACAGCUUGUUCUCAUUGAAUCCAAUGGCCAGGAAUCUGGCUUAAGGUUUUCCUUCUUUCUUAAUUUUUUGCAGUUGAACAGUAUUUUAUUUAGUGGUUGGUCGAAAUUCCGUCAGUUUAUCUAACAAAAGCAUAUUUUGGUGUUUUGCUUAGGAGAAUGUAUUAUCCCCUGAUGAAAUGAUGGAAGUGUGCUACACUUGUUUUAACUGGUGUAACUGCACCAGGAUGUCUUCUGAGCCAUUUAGAGUAUUUUCCCCAACUAUUUUCCCCAAGUAUUUCAUUGGUUAGCCAAACUUCCAUUGUUCAGUCAAGCAGUGAUUAUUAAAUAAGGAAUUUCUGAGAAACGAAAUCUGUUCGCCAGGUAUUUUUUAAUUUGCUCAGUUUAACUAAUCCCCAGCAUUGUUUCUCAGUUACCUCUCGACAUUUAGCUGAAUAUGAUUUUUAACUUCUGCUGCUUUUCACAACAUAUAUUUUAAAUCAUGAAUAACCACUACUCUGCUAUCAUAACACAGACCUAUGAGGGUCCAUUACUUGAAUUUCCCGUUAGUGGCACUACAUUUUAUUUUUCAUCCUCCAUAUUUGUGUCAAAAAUAUGCAACUGAUAUGUUUAAAGAAUGCUGGAUCAACUGUUUGAAUGUGUUUGAACUAGAGCUCCAGAAAUGCAGCUAAUGUCCGGUUUUUGCAUUUCAAGAAAAUUUACAGAUGAAAUUGUAUCAUGGGGUCAUCUUGCAUUAUUAUUAUUAUUAUUAUUUUUAUUUUUUUUUAUUCUUUUUAACUGAAGAAUGAAAUUAAAUGUACUGUAGGUUCAAAAAGCCCUGAUGUUUUCAAGAAAGGGUUGAAGUUUUUCUUAAAGAAGUGCCUCAGCAAUAUGCCAUUUAGUUUAAUCUUGUUUUUUUGCCUCAUAAAUAUAAUGAAAAUCCCAUUUUGAAGAUGUAUUGACAGGUGGGUUGAUGUAUAAUCUCACAAAAUGCGCAUGUAUUGGUGCCUAUUUUGUUCACCGUGACUUUUUCUUGUUGCAUAUAUUAGCGAUCGUUGUAAGUCUUUUGGUAAAGUUUUUUUUUUUAAUGAUCUUUUCGCUGCAUGCUUUGCUUUCUGUUGUUCCUCUCGACUGCGUGCAACACUCUGAACUUCAGUGUAAGGCGGGUAUGCCGUCUGGGGCUCUAGGAGGGUGGUGGGGUUUGUCGGGGAGGCAUUAUGUUCCCACAGGGACGGAAAUGCUGUUCUAGAACGAUCGGCUGUUCUGUGCAUAGAAACAGAAUCCCGCUUCACAAGAGCACUCAAGGGUUCAGCCCAACUCCAGCCAUAACCUCUGCAUGACUAGAAUUGCAUUUACUUUCUGGUAACCCGAAUGUGUGCUCUGAACCAUGAAAGCGCAGGCAGGGGUGUCUGACGGGACUGUUGCCAUGGUUUCCUGGGGCUUCUUUUAAACAUCCAAAGGAGAAAAAGAGCAAUAGUAAAGGAGUCUAUGCACAUCUUUUGAGGAUACUUUAAAAGACAAAUCAGAGUUUUUAAAAUUCUCUAAAAGUCAGAGAUGGUUGUAGUCUUGCUCACUUACCUACAUCUCACUGUCAUUGCAUAGCUUCCAUGAGAAUAAUCUCAUUUACAAAUACACCAUCUUUUACUUUAACUUCCAAGCCACUGUGUUGUCUUGCCUGAAUAUAAUUAUGUAAUGAUUUAGUUACAAAGCACACAUACUGCUUGUGAGCAGAGCACUAUACAGCUUGAAUGUUUCUGUGUACCACUAAAAAAAAAAGUCCUUAUUUCUGUGUCCGUUUCAGCAAUAUUAAGGAUUUAAUAUUGACCUUCUCACUCCGACUAAACUGCAAGUGGAGAUACAAGAAGAGUAAACUCAGUUACAAAUGCUCUUCCUUAACUGCCUUCCAGUGUAGCACAAAAUAUGCAACAGGAAUUGCUUGAAAUUUGCAAUAGUAGGUGUGUAACUUGUCAGGAAGACAGUGUUAUUGUUAUUGUGUAUUUUUUAAUGCUCCAGAAAGGAAUAAACGGUGCCGACGGCAACUCCAGCUAUCACAAACAGCACAUUCAUAAACAUGUAAUGAAAUGGACAAUGUAUAUUGUUCGUUUAAAACAAAAUGACCUGUCAGUUUGUCUGACCUGUGUUUCUUUUUAUGCAGUGGGUAUAUACAAGUGCCUCCAAAUGGCCAUGUAACAUGACAUGUUGCUUUUUGUUUCGUUUUUUCGUUUUGUUUUGUUUUGAAUCAGCAUUUUGUGCAACUUUGGUGUUUACAUGAUUUUGCUGGUUGAUUUGGGAUAGCCAUGUCACACUGUAGUCGAUACUGAAUGUCAAAUAAAAAAAAGGCAAAGUUCUGACUGCAGGUUCCAUGGAUAGUCUUCAAAAAUACUUUCUGGUCUUUUUAAAUAUCGUGAUCUAUAUUGACUCGUCAUAUUUGCUUUCCAUUAUAAAUAAUAUAACAUUUAUUAUAUUAUAACAACCACAAUGCCUUUAAAGCACACCAUUAUUAAGGUAUGGUAAUUAUAUCCAGCCCAGGAAAUGUUCUAUGCUCUAAGGAUACUUCAGAACUGAUUAAACUUGUGCUAGUAUAUAGCUGGAACGUAAAAUAUAUUUAUUAUCCAAAUUACUGAACACAUUACAUUCAAACUGAUAUGGGGGAAAAAAAUGUCUCGGCAGUUUAUUACCCUGUAACGUGCACAUCAUUUGCAUCCACUUUUAAGAAAGAUUAUCCUGUUGCCAUAGAUAGGCUCUGGCCAUAUCUCUUUACAAUUACACAACUUGCGUCAGUGGUUCAUCAGUAAUGCUUUAUAAGAGUGCAAAAGAAGAAAUACCUUACUCUCAAAAACACAUACACUUUUCUUUACUUAAAGUGUCCGUUUACAAAGUUUGUGGAAUCUGAGUUUCUAGUAUAAAGUAUUACUUGAGAGUAAAGAAGUGCUGAAGUAGAAGAAUGGAGGAUUGUGUGUGUGUGUGUGCAUGCAGACAGAAAGAAAAUCUGCAUGUGAUUAAAGCUUUCCUCUGUUCUCUGAGCAGUGUAGCAAAUGCGAUGAGCUCAUAGGCGAUAGCUUCAUGUGUGAUGAAUCAUGAGCAGCAGGCAAUCUGUAGCCCAUCUCAUACCCACGGCCUUCCUUCCUAAUCCACUGUUUACUAAUAGUGAACAGACCGGUUCGAUUUAUGUGCGUGACUGCAGCAUGGGUCAUGAUUUUCUGUUUGUUUUCAAGUAAAAUUGCACUGAAUUUCUCUUCAGUCUAUAACCCUGACCAGUCUAUAAUCAUAAUCCACUCUUAUAAUGUUGCCUAGUUUGAGGUAAGUAUGUUUUGGAUUUGAAAAGAAGAUUCACUCAUUUCUAAGUCGGCUGUAACGUCUAACUGAGUGAGCCAGAGCCGCUGAUUGCAGAUGAGUUAAGUAUCCGGCUGAGUAGGCAUAGAUUUAAAACAUCUCCGUAAUACGUUUUAUUGAUCACCUGUCAAGUUGCCUCAUUUCAGCCAUAAAUCUUGCAUUAAAAGUACACAUCUGUAGCUAUUUGUGACUUCUAAAUCUUGUGUUUAACUUAUUUAUUUAGUGAUUCCCUGUUCCAGUGAAUAUUAUGACCUCAAAGCAGCUAAAUUUAACAUUGAAAAGGUUUCAAAAUCCUCUCAGCAAUAUUGUUAGUGUUAACUUGUUAGUUAAGUAAGUUAGCAGGUAUCUAAUAAGGUAAUCAUGUAGCAGCUGCAGCAGCGUGGCCCAUAAAAUCAUGCCAAUAAAGGUUAACAUUUACAUUACGUAUCAGGAUAAAGAAAUGGUGUCAUCUCUGUGAGAUUAACCGUGGCAUGGUUGUUGGUAAUGGUACCAGUAUUUCAGAAACUCAUGGUGUGAAAUUUUUACACACAACAGCCUCCAGAGUUUACACAGGAGGUUACAAACCCCCCCCCAAAAAAAACCUACUGGGAAUAUCCAUAGCAUGUGUUAGCUUGUCUUUUAGCAUACACAGAGAUAAUCAGGAACAUUUAUGAACAUAACUUAGAAAUCCUCUCAGCUUAGCUCAUGUCGAUCAUAUAGCUAGCAUUAGAAGUGAAACAUUUAUGACUUAAAAAAUCCUCGAAGUAAUUCUGUCAAUUUAGAAGUUAACUAGCACUUAGCUAGAAGUUUGCUAGCAUUUCUCAGAAAUUCUGUCAUGUUAGCAAAUCUGUUCAUUGACUAGCAUUUUCACUCGUAUUAUGAGUUCAGUAUUCUCUCAGAAAUCCUGUCUUAGCACAAUAGCUAUUUGGCUAGCCUUGCGAAGUGAAUAUGAAUACAUAGGAAUUUUUGUCAGGAAAAAAAAUACUCUCAGAAAUGGUCAGUUUAGUACAUGUUAACUGUUUGGCUAUCGUUAGGAGAGUAAAUUUAUUAUAAUAUUUAAUAUAAUAUUAACAUUGAAUACGAUAUUUAUGGAAAUGCUGCUUGAAAUCCUGUCACUCAGCUAUCUAACAAAGUUGAUCAAAUCUAUAGGUAUGUAUGAGUGAAUUUUGAUAUACCUGUGUACUAAGACAGCCUUUAUCAGACAUAAGUCUAAUACUAAUUUUUAUCCUAGUCCCUACUUUUGAUUUCAGAGCUAAAAGUUAAUCAUCGGUCACCCUUACAUAUGAUAUUACUUAAAGUUAGACUCCGUGCUGUUCAAGUCAGAAUGUUUUGUUGUUGUUGUUGUUGUUUGUUUGUUUUUUCAAAUAUUGAGUGAAAUUCUCCUUUUUCUUGCUCAGGACCAACAUCUAACCAAUCAGGACAAGGUGGUGUCUCUACUAACUUGUCAGUAAUUUUGCCUAUCAAUACUGAAGGCUCUUUUCCCCCUUUUGUCCUGGGUGUUCCUGGAUAGACAGGGGGCGUGUAUGCAUUUUGGUGCUGUGCGUGGUUUUGCUUAGAUUUUAAUUUUUAUGUAUUUAUUUAAAAUGCAGCUAGCUUCACCUAAUUAAUGAAACCCCCUUUCACCUCAUUUAUUAUGGUUAAUGGAUGAGGCUCAUGCAGAACUGAGGUUAGUUGAAUGAGAUGAAAUGAAUUAUUCAUUGAUUUUCCAUUUUUAAAGUGCAGAAUUAAUGCUGGAACCCAAUACACUAAUAUGAAUGUAUUUAUUUUUAUUUUAAUGCAUGCGGCUCUGGUGGUUUCUGUGAGUUUAAAACCUAAUGUGCUGCUAAACUGGAGUAUAGUAUAAUCAAGACUGGUCUUUGAUUCCAUUUUACUUUGGGAAGGAAGAAAGUGAACCGAAGAGUGUCUUGCUGAGUUGGUGUCCUGGUUGAAACAUCUGCCUGCAG